GAAUCAAAACUUGGGAAGAGGCUAGAUUUUACGCUUUAAGUCGUAAAUUUAGUCCAUUUAGUAAUGAAAAUAAAAUAUUUGUUCUUCAGUUCACGGUCAAGCAUGAACAAAAUAUCGACUGUGGUGGAGGUUACAUCAAAGUUUUUGAUUGUUCUUUAAAUCAAGUGGAUAUGCACGGAGAUAGCCCUUACCUUAUGAUGUUUGGACCCGACAUUUGUGGACCAGGAACGAAAAAAGUUCACGUUAUUUUUAAUUACAAAGGAAAAAACCAUUCAAUCAAAAAAGAUAUACGUUGCAAAGAUGAUGUAUUCACACAUUUAUAUACUCUCAUCAUAAGACCAGAUCACACUUAUGAGGUAUUAAUUGAUAAAGAAAGAAUUGAGUAUGGUCAGCUUGAAGAUGAUUGGGAUUUUCUUCCUCCCAAAAAAAUUAAAGAUCCGUCUAAGUCAAAACCGGAUGAUUGGGAUGAUAGACCUACUAUUCCAGAUCCAAAUGACAAAAAACCUGAAGACUGGGACAAACCUGAACAUAUUCCUGAUCCAGAUGCUUCAAAACCAGAAGAUUGGGAAGAUGAAAUGGAUGGAGAGUGGGAAGCUCCUGUUAUAGAUAAUCCGGAAUACAAGGGUACGUGGAAGCCAAGACAAAUUGAUAAUCCUGCCUAUAAGGGACCAUGGGAAUACCCCGAAAUUGACAAUCCCGAUUAUGCACCUGAUUCUAAAUUAUAUGUCAAAACCGAAAUUUGUGCGGUAGGAUUUGACUUGUGGCAAGUAAAAAAUGGAACCAUUUUCGAUAAUAUUUUGUUAACUGAUGAUCCCGAUUAUGCUUCUCAGAAAGGAGAUGAAAUUUGGAAACUAAGAAUUGAAGGAGAGAAAAAAAUGAAAAAAGAGCAAGAUGAUCAAGAGACGUUAAACAAAGAAACAAAAACUGCAGAUAGCGAAAAAGCUCAAGAUGAUGAAGAUGAAGAUGAAGGAACUUCGGACUCAGAGGAUCAUGAUGAGCUUUGAGUGAAUAGAAAAAUAAACACUUUCCACUAACGAUUCAGGAGUCCAAUUAAUGAACCACAGAUUAAAAAAUGCAUACUUGGAGAAAGUGACACCAUUGUUAUCAGUAAUUACGCAUAGAGUUCUUCCAUAAAGUUGUAUUCACUAAUUAUUAAAAAUGUACAGUAUGGUUAGCUUUUAUAAUUUUAUGACAAGACUGUAUUACAGAGUAUCGCUUUUGUAAUUUUUAUUGUAAUUUUUCUGUUCCUUUUAUACUUUGUUUACACUUCAUACGUAUAGUGUAAAUAACCAAAUAAAAUUGACAACUUUUUUUUUUAA